AUGACAAUCCCCAAGACCCAGAAAGCCAUUGUGUUCGAAACCUCUGGAGGUCCCCUGGAGUACAAGGACGUGCCUGUGCCCGUGCCCGGCGACCAUCAGAUUCUCGUCAACGUCAAGUACUCGGGAGUUUGCCACUCUGACCUCCACGCCUGGAUGGGAGACUGGCCUCUACCCACCAAGCUCCCUCUUAUCGGCGGCCACGAAGGAGCCGGCGUCGUGGUGGCCAAGGGAAAAAACGUGACCACGUUCGAAAUUGGAGACUACGCCGGAAUCAAGUGGAUCAACCAGGCGUGCUACACGUGCGAGUUCUGCCAGGAGGCCUACGAGCCCAACUGUCCCAAGGCCCAGAUCUCGGGAUACACAAUGGACGGAACCUUCCAGCAGUAUGCACUUGCAGAUGCUGUGCAGGCAGCCCACAUUCCCCAGGGCACAGACCUUUCUCAGGUGGCUCCUAUUCUGUGUGCCGGAGUGACUGUUUACAAGGCCAUCAAGACCUCUGGACGAAAGGCAGGAGAAUGGUUGGCCGUGACAGGUGCAGGAGGAGGACUCGGAUCGCUGGCGGUGCAGUACGCCAAGGCCAUGGGUUUCCGAGUGCUGGCCAUCGACACCACCGAGGAGAAGGAGAAGAUGUGUCUGGAACUGGGAGCAGAGGUCUUUGUGGACUUUGCCAAGACUGACAAUCUGGUGGCACGAGUUCAGGAGAUUACUGGAGGUGGCCCUCAUGGAGUCAUCAACGUUUCUGUGUCCGAGUUUGCCAUCAACCAGUCUCUCGAGUACGUUCGGUCCGUUGGAACUGUUGUUCUGGUGGGUCUGCCUGCUGGAGCUGUGUGCAAGUCGCCCAUCUUCUCGCAGGUGGCCCGGGCUAUUACCAUCAAGGGCUCUCCUGUGGGUAACCGAGCCGACACCCAGGAGGCUCUGUCAUUCUUUACCCGAGGAUUGGUUCACUCGCCUAUUCAUGUGGUCGGACUGUCUGAGCUGCAGAAGGUGUUUACCUUGAUGGAGGAGGGAAAGAUUGCGGGUCGGUAUGUUGUCGAUACCAGCAAGUAA